AUGGAAGGCAACUGGGUUGAAGGAAGCAAUGAAAUUGCAGAUGCAGCUCUCAAUUACUUUGAUCACUUGUUUUCUGCCGACAUCACUGUUGAGGAUAGUAAUGUCCUAAGUGUGGUAAAAAGAGUUGUUACCAAUGAAGACAAUGAUGAUAUUACUAUCAUUCCUAAUCUAGAGGAGGUGAAAGAGGUUGUGUUCUCUAUUGACCCUCAUAGCUCCCCUAGUUCAGAUGGUUUGACAGGUAAAUUUAUCAAUCAUGGAGCUACAUUGCCUAAAUUCUUCACUCAUACAUAUAUCAUUAUGCUUCCUAAAGUGGAGGCCCCUCAAAGCUUCUCUGACAUCAGGCCAAUCAACUUGUGCAAUGUUUCUAGCAAAAUUAUUGCUAAAAUUCUAAAUGCUAGAUUAAGCAAAAUUUUGCCCAAGAUCAUCACUCAAAACCAAAGUGGUUUUGUUAAAGGAAGAGCCAUAACUGAAAAUAUUCUACUAGCACAGGAGCUUGUCAAUGAUAUUGGCAAACCAAGGAAAGGAGCUAAUGUGGUGAUCAAACUGGAUAUGGCUAAAGCCUACGACAGAGUCUCUUGGCCUUUCUUAUGUUUCAUGUUGAGGAAAUUGGGAUUUGCAGAAGUAUGGAUUGAUCUAAUUCAGAGAUUCAUUUCUAACAAUUGGUAUUCCAUCAUUGUGAAUGGUGGCAGACAUGGCUUCUUCAAAUCAGGAAGAGGCCUUAGACAGGGAGACCCUCUAUCCCUUUCUCUAUUUAUACUUUAUGCAGAAUUACUUUCCCAGAUGCUUAAUAAUCUAUACACCAAUAGUAGAUACAAAGGCUAUUUUAUGAAUGAUCAAGGACCUAAAAUCAAUCACCUGUCUUUUGCAAAUGACACUAUCAUAUUCUCUAGCAGCAUGAAAUUUUCACUUCAGCUGACUGUAAAGACUUUUUCCUAG